UUGAUAUUAUUAUCCAUAAAUUAUCGAGUGACAAGUUGUGAUAAAUCGAAAAUUAUGUGGAGCAAUUCAAAAGCAUGUGGAAAAAUCGGUGAAAUUGAUUCCACGAAUGGUGUAAAGAGGAAUGAAAUAACGAUGGAGCACAAUUGUGGGGUCAUAGGUGUUGGAAUAGUACAAAAAAUUGCGUACAACGAGCGUGAAGAUCACAUGCACAUGACUUUCUCAUCAGCCUGUAUUAGAUGUGGCCUUUGUCUCGCGAUUGCUGAUAAGAUUGAUAACAUUAGGCUCACCUUGUACGAUACGAAAUCAUGUGAUUCAUAUCGAGGAAGUGCAGACACUGGGGUCAGAUUAUCGACGAUCUGUGAAAAUUCUUUUUCAGACUUCAGGUUGAGGGAAUUGCGAGGGAGACGAUUUAUCGGUGAGAAUAUCCCCGGGUCAAUAAUCAUUAAAUCCUCUGGAGAUGGAUUGUGGGGGGAGAAGUUGCGAGAUAAAUGCGAGGAAAUCCUGACAACGAUCGAACCCGAGGAUUUAUUGAAACAUUUGAGAGAUCGAUGUAAAACUCGUGACACCAACCUCAGAGAUAUUUUAUGCCAGGGUAGGAUGGGAGCUUCGAGGGACUGCCGAGGAAUAUUUAUCCCCCGAUGAAUAUUAUUUAAUAAAUA